AUGAAUCAGCUCUUCAAACUCAAAAACACCUUCAUCGAAUACCUCUCCCCCAAGCGCCGUCGCACCGUCGGCCCUGCAACAUCCCCCGCGACCCCCACAGCUCAACACUCCUACGUACCCACCUCCGAGCCGAAAGAUAAGAAAGCCCAGGCUGCUAUCAAUGGCCAAGUCAACCAAAAGUACCUCUCGCCUUCCGAUACGAGAUUUGCGAAAGGAUCGCGCAAGAGACCCCGCGAAGACGAUGAAUAUAACGACGAUGAGAGCUCUGAGGUUUCUCCAGACGAGUCGAUCUCCCAGAUUAGUCCAGCGGAAAAGAGUAGCCAAGGAUCAGUCAACAGCACUGCCUUCGAGGUUGAUAAACAGAGUGACGACGAUGAGAGCAUAGGUGACGCCGAAGAGGUUUCGGCCGAAGAAAAGGUGCAGGAAUACCUCGAUAGACAAGCUGAACUCGCGUUACGAAAGGAAGCUAUCAAGGAAGUCAAGGCGCAAGGGACGUGGCACUCGGAGGAGAUUUUUCUCUUUGAGAGGCUCUCGAUGCGUAGCUUCGAGGAGCUCUUACCGGCGACAUGGCAGGUUGAUUUUCCUACUCUUCCAGAGGCCGUCUUUACUGUCGCUCAGGAGAAAGCUUUCAUCAAUUUCAACUGUGGCUCUAGCUCCCGAGGUGUGAAAGCAUUGCAGUCACUCUUGAGUCUUGGCGGUCGUGUCAAGGACAAGGUCGAGGCUGGCAGACCUUGUGAGAGAUUGAUGGCAAAGGAGAUUGAAAAUUACAUCAAGUGGUCUGAAAUGGAUGGGGGCUUCAGCAAUCUACGCUUUAUUCCAGUUCUGACUGUCGUUGCUGCUCGUCAGAAGGAGGCUAUCUCCUCAAUCAGUAAAUCCAUCACCGACCAGAUGGAGUUCCUUGCCGAGAAGCACCGCGAGAAUCUCAUUCUGGAUGAACCGCAGACCAACGAGCUCGGCGAAGUUGAGAUAUACUCGAGAAAGCCUCCUCUCCUUUACGGAAUUAUCGUCGCCCAGACUAUGACAAUCUUCGUUACUCUGGAUUCUUCAAACCCGGAGGCAAAAAUCCGACAUCUUGCACACUUUGACUUCAAAGAGAAGGGUGUGGAUGUCUGGAACGGACUAGCCGUCGCAAUUAUCGUCAUUGUGGCCCGGAACUACUUGAUGUCAAUCAAGGACGAGCUCGAAGUUGAUGAUGAGUGCACCAGUGAUCCAGAUGCAUGA